AAGAGGGAAGACUAGAGGGGGAGGAGAGGGAAGAAAAAAAGGAGUCAUCGUAGUAACACCGGCGCGUCUCCUCUCCUGGCUUCGUGGUUGUCUCGGAAUUAGUGAGUAGACAGAAUUAUGUCUGUGAGCUGGCCAGUACCACGGCUCAGUUGAGACUUACUGCUCAGAGCGUGCACACGCAUACUAUACGAAUCCUUCCUACUUACGCACCUCUCGCGCCUUUCUCGUGCGAUUAGAACUUAGUUCGCGGCAGACCAAUCACGGUCCAGUUCGCUAACGCGCCUCCGUACAAAACGGUUUCCUCUUCUACCUCUUCUUCUUCUUCACGUGCUGCUGGACGUGUUGCGGUGUUCGGAGAAGCGCCGUGGCUAAGUGACGAGCUGGUCACACGCGACUGUGACGUCCCGAGAUCCCGAAGAAAUUUCGACAAAGUUCGGAGAACCAGAGGAGAGACACCCUUUUAGAACCACGACGAUUCUCUCGUCUUGUCGUCUUGCUUCGUGAUUCCGCGAGGUGAGCGAAAUUGAAAUCGGAAACAGAGACUAUAAUCACGCGCGCGAUAUUAUCUGUCAACGAGCUCUAAGGAUUUAACUGCGAGAAGGUUCACGAGUAAUUCUCUCGAAGAGAACAAAGUUUUUUUUUCAAAAAUUCGGAGAUUACUUAUAGACUCUGCUUGCCGAGCAAUCUUCCGUGAAAUUUUCGAGAUUCGACACUUUUUGUGAAUUAUUCGCCCGCAUUAUUUUUUUGCAUUAAUUUUUGACAAAUUAUUUUAUAAUCGAAUACCGUUCGAGGGCAGGUCGACUGCAUUAACCUCUUUGAACAAUUUUUUAAUUAUUCGCGACAAUGGGCGUUAAAACCAUCGUGCUUAUUUUAUUGGUGUCCAUCGUGACCGAUAUACGGUCCCAUCAUCAUCACCAUCAUCAUCAUCAUGAAUUAUAUCCGGUGCACAAAAAAGAAAAUAGUCACGUCGAUUUGGCCGAAAGAGAAUCCAAUUUUAAGAAUGAGGAAACGACGGACACUUUGCUGUCGGAAUCAUUGAAGAAAAGUGCGAAACACGUAGAGGCCUUCGACAGAAAAGGAUCCUUUAGUGCACGGAGAGUUGAAAAGAUGCUGGAAAAGGCGAUCUUACAGAUAAUCACAGGUGAUCUCAGCACUGCUAAUAUGCUGCUGCUGAAGAGUCUUAAUUAUACACCCGAGGAAGUGCUGGCAAUUCGCGAGCGUGAACUCGAUAAACGAAAGGAUGAGGAAUUGAAGAAAGCAGAGUCCGACGAGAGUCUUUACGAAAACAGAGCGAAGCAUUCGAACUACGCUUUCACGGAAAUUGAUUCGUCCUCUCGUUACGAUCCCGACGUCGUCGACGGGUCCAAGAACGACAGAAAGAAGGAUCGAUACGAGGAGAGAGAACCAGCCAAAAACUUUGAUUUUGAAGCUUACAAUCGUCAGGCGGUGGUCGAUUACGAGAACUUGGCCACCAAACUCGAGCUGCAGCAGCAGUCGUUGUCCGAGCCUGCAAACCUUGAUUACGAGAACGAGUCGAAAAACACCGAAGAGCAGGACUCCUCGUCGCAGAAUCUUCAUCGGAGCUUUGACCGUGCCAUGGAGCCCCAUGUGAUCUUCAAGAUACCCUACGACGAUUCCGAGUUCGAUUCCAGCUCCGGCUCCGACGAGAGAUUGAGAUUCGUGGACAGAGAUGCCUUCGCCUCGUCCAAGGAUUCCAAGCAUCGCACUCCUUCGACCUUGAGGCACACGACCGCCCGGAACGUUGCUAAUUCCUUUCACGCUUCGUCAUUGUCUACUACUUCUUCUUCGCCUACUUCUUCUGCGGCUACUGGACAUACUCCACUUCCCAUAGUGCAUCAGCUGGGGAACCUGAAAGACGUAAGGUCGAAUUAUAUCAGGGAUCAAACUGUCUUGAACACGACGGAGUCUCCGGAGUCUACCAUCACGAGCGAUAUCAUUGCAAAUGAUACGUCUAACGCGACCGCGAUUGAUACCUCGACGACGGAUUUCUUCAACGACUCGUUUGCCAAGAACGCGGACAACGAUACGGAUAAUCGAAAAAUCAGCGAGUACGAGGGGCUGGAAUGGAUUGGAGAGGAUGUCUACAGAGUGUUACCGGAUUUCGCGGACUCGCUGGGCUACGCCGACGAGAACGAGACGUCAGAUGACGACAAGCAGAUGAAUAUCUUACCUGGGGGAAAUGAGAAUGAUACUCUGGAGUAUUGGAACGACGCCCCGGAUCAGACGAAGCAAUUCCUGGCCAAUAUCAAUGCAUCGUCCAUUGAGAGCACAUCUUCGGUCAAUCUUUCUGCCUAUCAACAACUAGUGCGCGCUCAUCGUCGAGAAGAAAACGUAACUUCAAGCUUCGGCAGUCAGAGUCAGAAGGCGUUGGAAGAUAUUAAGACGCUAAUCCUCGAAAUAACUGGGAGACGCAACAAUAAGAGCUACAAUAAUAGCACCAGCACCAAUCAGGUUCAACGCGAGAAGCUCACCAUGUUUUCGCCUACUUGCCAGAUACCUCGAAACACGGAUCUCGAAACUUGGACGGAUCCGUUUGCGAUGAACAUGCAUUUCCAAUUGAAUCUGACUUCCGGCGAUCAUGUUGUCGCGGCGAAAUUGCGAAUUUAUAAGUUGCCGCAGGAAAAUCUCACGACUUUCGCGAACGGAAGUUUUGACGAGGAAGAGGAUGACGAGAAGAAAAUCAGGAUAUCCGUUUACUAUUACACGAAGUCGCUGAAAAGGCAUAGAUCGAAGAAACGCUUGAUGGACUCCAUCGUGACGCCGCUGACGACCUACGGCAAACAGCUAGUGCUGGAUGUCAGGCAAGGCCUGAGAUUCUGGCGAAUGGUCCCGCGAAGUUCUCCACACGGCAAUGGUAACAAUCACGGUUUGGUGAUUCAGAUAGAGGACCAAGACGGCCGGGCGCUGAAACCGGCUCUCUAUAUCCAGCAGCCGUCCUGCGCGGACCACGAUUCGGAUCAGAAGGCAUCCCAGCUCAAACCUGCACUUUUCGUCCGAGCUUGUGCUCGUUACAGUCACAUCGUAAACGGCGAGGAAGUCACAUACGUAAAUUGUAAGCAUUAAAAUAGAAAUGACAAAAAUUCAAUCAACGAAACGAGGGAAUCUGUUUCGAAAGAAGCCGACUUAAAUUAUAUUGUGAUUGUCGUCGUCUCGAAAUGUUUGUAUAGGCAAAUAAAGAGACGUGCAAUUUUUAUUGUAUAAAUAUAAGAUAUUUUGAUGAUUAGGGAGGUAUGACACCAACCUCGGGGUGAUAUCUAUUCUUCUUUCCUAGUUUUUCGCAUAUUUUGCAUGGUUUCUUCUUUUCUUGUUUCUCCUUUGGAUUCAUAGAUGUAUUUCUCUUCUUAUCAGACGCAUUAUUUUUCACUAAGUGUUCCAAACUUCUGAUUUCAUUGAACAGAUCUUUCGUUUCCUUGAUUGUUUCUUUACAUAAAUUAAAAAUCGCGCGCGCACAAAAAAAUGUCUAUCCAAACAUAU